AUGUGGUGUCUAUUUGUUAUACUCUGGAACACUGCUGUUUGUCAGUCUUAUGCAAGGUUUGCUGGUGUGUGCAACAUUUUCUUAAAUUUUAUUUUUUUAUCUGAUACACUAAUUUAUAUUGAAUGGAUACUGCAAUGAACCAAGAACUUUUCUUUUGAAAAGUUACAUUUAUUAUUGCAAGUAAAUGAGAAGACAAUUGUUUUUAUUUUUCUCAAGAAAAUUACUCUAAAAUACUUUCUGAAGUAAUUUCUUCUAAAACUAAGUGCAGUGCAUCUUUGGAUUACAGACGAUUAAAAUGUUUUGAUGUUUUCAAAAGUAAUGAAGAAAAGAAAUUAAUUGUACCAUUAAAACCAGGAGAAACAAAUAUACAGUAUUACGUCACCAAUGAUAAAUUGUUCAGUAUACUAUCUGAAACUCACAGCAGUACAGGCCAUGGAGGAAGAACACAUAUGCUUAAAGAAUUGCAACUUAAAUUCAAAAAUAUUACAUAUGAAGCUGUAAUGUAUUUAAAUUUAUGUAAACAAUGUCAAAUUAAACAUAGUGCAUCUAAAAAAGAUAUUGUUGUGAAACCAAUGGUCAGUUCAGAGUUAAACUCAAGAUAUCAAGUUGAUCUGAUAGACCUGUAGUCACACAAGGAUGGUGAAUAUAAGUUCAUAAUGGUGUAUCAAGAUCAUUUAACGAAAUUUGUCCAGCUACUACUUUUGAAAACUAAGACAGCUGAAGAAGUAGCAUAUCACCUUCUUCAAAUAUUUUUAACAUUUGGUGCCCCAGCUAUAUUGCAUUCAGAUAAUGGUAGGGAAUUCUGUAAUCAAGUCAUAUCCGAACUAUGCGCUAUGUGGAAAGAUGUUAAGAUAGUUCAUGGAAAGCCUCGUCAUAGUCAAACACAAGGCUCAGUUGAAAGGGCCAAUCAGGAUAUACAGAAUAUGUUAACUGCAUGGAUGAACGAUAACGAUACAAAUAAAUGGUCAGAUGGUUUGCUCUUUGUACAAUUUGCCAAGAACACUACAUAUCACAAAGGAAUAUGCCAAAGUCCUUAUGAAGCCAUGUUUGGCAUUAAACCAAAAAGAGGCAUAGCAUUGUCAUCUUUGCCUGGCAAACAAAUCGCAAAUAUUGAAACUGAAGAACAGCUCGAAGAAAUUGUUAAUACUUUUGAAGGAAAUUUGAGCAGUGGCCAUAAUGAAUACCAUAUUCCAAAGGAAAAUAUUGAAGAGGAGCUGCAACCCACCAUGUCUUCAUGUCAAGCCCUGACUGAACAACACAAAUUUAUUUCUAUAAAAAGAGCGGCCGCGAAAGAGAAUUUUCUACUGCAAGCAAUGAAAAUGUUACAAACCUCAAAAAGAAAAUUUCCUCCUGAUCAAAUUGGUGAUACCAUACGAAUACAAGUCCCUGAUGUCGACUAUGGCCAUACAGAUGCCAAAAACGUGUUGGUGAUUGUUGUUGGAAUAGAAAACUCCGACUUUUAUAAAUUAGCAAUCAAAAAAGGUACCCUCAAGCAGUUUUAUACCUGCAAUCAGUUCAUAAUUUGUAAAGAAAAAUGGUACUCAGAGACAUCUGUAGAGCAAUCUAACAGCUGGACUGUUGCCAAAUUUGGGAGAAUGACUAAGGAUGACAUGGGAAAGAGAUUCCACAAAGAAAAAAGUAGUAUCUAA